AUGAGGACGGUGGUCCUGGCGUGCAUCUGGACGCUGCUGCCGCUGAUGGUCGCCCUGGGGAUCGCCUUUGCGAUUAGGCACGCCUGGAGGAAAUAUCGGAACAGACGGAACAUCGGGGGAGGACGGUUCUGGUUCCCGAAGGUGCGUCUCAGAGACGUCACGACGGAGUCCCUGGGAAGUCGACAAGGGAUGGACGUCGCCUGCAGACAGGAGCCCACCACCCUCGUCCUCUCCGCCCAAGACCUGGUGAACGGCAUCGACGGGCCCAGGUACAUCUGCGAGAUGGAGGUGAUGGAAGAAGCCGCUCUGAACGGGAACGACCAGGAAUUUGCAUCCCCAGGGAACCAGGCGAGCAAGAACGCCAACGGCAACAUCAUCACCCUGACCCUGAAGAACAACCACCUCAUCGUGGAGACCGAAGAGCGAGCCGUCACAGCGGAGCAGUCGAAGACCCAGAAAUUCGAGGACAACGGGUGCUCCUUCGUGGUGGAGGUACCUCCAGGGUACCAGAGCGACGACACCGACGCCAACAAAGGAUCCAGUGACGACGUGGUCGGCGAGGUUACCGACCAGCGAGCACUGGUCCAUCGAGAGGAGAUUCCCGAGGAUCGAUCUUCCGGGUUCGAGAACGCGAAGCUCUUCGGCAGCACCAACACCGGCCUCUCCCAGUCGGACCUCUCGAUAUUCAGCGAAUAUUCCACCAACCCCAGCUACCGGUACGGUAAUCAGCUGGAGUACAACGCCGGUCACUUUGGGUACCCGGUGUACGAAGGGUACGACUCGGACUCCUCCAGGAGGCUGGAGGGUGGCUCAAAGUGGGUGGAGUUCGACAAGUCGCCGGACACGGAGAAGACGCUGCUGAACGAGUCCAAGUCGUCGAGCAUCGAGAGGGAGGCCAGCGAGAGCUUUUCCAGCCCGGAGAGGAGGACCCACGAAGGGUACUCCCAGGGCUCGGGGUCCUCGGAGCAGCCGGACUCGACGGACGCCAGUAAUUCGACGGACACCGUCAGGUCCAACCCGAACCUGCAGGUGAACGGCACCACGCCGAACAAGCUGGAGGGAAUGGAACGGAAGAGCCUGUCCAGCGAGGAGAAGGUCGAGGGCACCAAGCCCGUGGUAACCGGGGUUCUAUCGAAGGACGAGGUCGUGCAGGAGGAGGAGGCCAGGAAGAAGCUGGGCAACGGGGUCCUGACGGCAGAGGAGAAGAUCAGAGACCAGAAGCCCGAGGCCAACUGA